CUGCCAAUUUCAAUUUUUAAUAUAAAUGAUAAUACUUGGAGUACAGUUUCAACAUCUGGUCAAGUCCCCACUAGAAAAUGUCAUCAUUCAUCAGUCUACAUUCCUAACGAUGUUACAAUUAAUUCUCUUGAUACCUUAACAUUUACUUGGUCAAUACCUGUGAUUUUAAACUCUGGUGGUCCUCGACUAAAUUUAUGGUGUCAUACCUCUACAUUAAUUGGAGCCUAUGUUUUUAUUGCGUUUGAUAGCUAUAAGUGGGUAACAACUUAUGAUCCUAUCAAUUCAAUUCAACCAAUACCAACCUCACCAACUGCACCAACCUCACCAUCAAAUACUAAUAUUAGUGUUGGUAUUAUUGUCGGAGGGAUAAUCUGUGUGAUC